AUGUCUCGGGCCCCGAUAUCCUCCCAUCCGCCAGCAGCUAGCCCUGCGAGAACUGCGUCGGCCGCAGACAUAAGCCCCGGCUCAGACGUGUCCCCCACGACCAUCGUCCCUGGCAAGGCCGUCGGCGAUGCUGUCGCCACGACACCAAAGUCAAACGUUGGUUACUUCACACCAGCAGUCACAACAGCAGCCCAAACGUCUACUCCUGGUACGUCUAUCGCUAGUACCAGCAUAGAGGGCCGACGCAGCGAUGGUCUCACGGACGCGUCUGGGGAAACGGCGACAAGCAGCCCCGUGACUGUCGCAACAUCCAGCCCAGCCCUGACGACGAGCACGCCGGUGCCAGAUCGACGUCCCAGCUCGAUCCUCGAUCUCGCGAGUGAAGGCAGUGGGAGGGCGUCCAGGAAGCCGUCAACGGCAUCUGUGACCUUCCUUCCAACACGACACCCUUCCUUGCCACAAGGCCAGCCCAAGCCGGGACGCAUUCUGUCGCCUGCUCCCAAACGGUUCCGGAAGCACGUCGGCUUUGACAACAUCCCGAUCGGAGAAGCGACAAAGUCAAACACGCUCGGCUACACACUGAGCAUCAGCCAUUAUGGCUACCAACCCCGGCGCCGAUCACGAACCAUGAUGGUCGGCAUUGACCAGAACAUAUACUCCGACUUUGCGUUGCAAUGGCUGUUGGACGAGUACGCAGACGAUGGCGAUGAGAUAAUCUGCGUCCAUGUUGUAGACAAAGAUGCGCGGACCGUCGAGGAAAAGAACUACAAGGCACGUGCCGAAAAAAUGGUGGAAAGAAUCAAGAGCAAGAUCCCCGAAAGCUGCGCAAUCAGCAUAAAACUCGAGUACGCAGUGGGAAAACUGCAUGCGACUUUCCAAAAGCUGAUUCAAGUCUACGAACCUUCUAUGCUUGUCGUUGGAACACGUGGUCGCUCUCUGGGAGGCUUCCAGGGCCUCGUGAACAAGAACUCAUUCUCCAAGUACUGCCUACAAUACUCGCCAGUACCGACUGUUGUCGUCCGUGACUAUGAGAAGCGCAAGAAGAAGAAGGACAAGAGAUCCAAUGACCCGGCCCGUCAUAGCUAUGCCAACAUGCUUGCAACGUCCAACGGCGUGCACGAGGCCAACAGCGAGAACAGCAGCGUGUACAACAUGGAGGCGAAGAUCUCUGCCGACGAGGAGGCGCAUAAGGUCGCCGCCGCCAUUGGUCUUCCGGCCGCUUUCGAUCCCACUCUCAAGCCAAUAGACAUAGACCAGUAUCUUGGACGCCGGUCACGCAACACAUCGCCAGCCAGGCCAGAGGUAGAGAGCACCACGAGCGACAAGUCUACGAUUCCGGGCAGCGUCGAAACUCCUGCAGCAUCGGUCGAUAGCGAAGACGACGACAGCGCCGACGACGACGACGAAGCCGAGUUUGAGGUGACCUCUGGCCAGCAGGCACUUCAAGAAGCCGCAGCCAAAGAAUCCGAGAAGGAGCAGCGUAAGAAGCUGCAUGAGAUGGAGAUGGGCGAGGCUCAUGCAUUAAAGCAUGUCAUAGAAAGCGAUGAGGAGGAUUAA